GUAUUAAUUUCACAUAACUCUGAUCUAAGUCACUCUCACACUCACCCAUGUGCCCGCGUGACCACCUCUAUGGAUAUCUCCAUCUAUCGACUUGUUUCUUACAUUCACAUUUGUUCUUAAAUUUUUUCGUAAGGAAAAUGUUCAUCCACAUUGAGACUGACUUCUGAGUCUUCCCUCCAGAUUAUUGUUUCCACAUUGAGACUGACUUCUGAGUCUUCCCUCGAGAUUAUGAUUUCUCACUCAAAUGAAUACAAUAGAAAAAAGCAAUUGAAUGCAAUAAUUAUUGGAGUCACUGGUCCUCGCUUACCACUUGCUAUUGCCCAAAGCUAAAUCAAUCAUUGAGGGGAACCGCCAUUGGUGGGUUUGCAUGGACAAACCUCACUUCCUUCAUUAAUUGCUUUCUACUUCACUGAAGAAGCAUUACCCACAUCCUGUCUCUCAAUGCUGCUGCUCUGAGGUUACAACUAUGGCUCUUUCCCCAUCUUCACCUUCAGUUAUGGUUCUACUCUACUUCGUCCUUUCCUGGACGUUCUUGCUAGGUGGCAAUGGCAAUGGUGUUGCGGUGGCCGGAGCUUCUCGAUCGACAGCUCUACGGUUUGCCGCUGAGUUUGAUUCUGUUUCCUCUAGGAGGGUUCUUCUCAACAAUGGUCUCGCUCUAACUCCUCCGAUGGGAUGGAAUAGUUGGAACCAUUUUCAAUGUAAUUUAAACGAGAAUUUAAUCAAGGAAACAGCGGAUGCAAUGGUAUCCAGCGGACUUGCUGCAUUAGGAUAUGAGUAUAUCAAUUUAGAUGAUUGUUGGGCUGAACUUGACAGAGACUCUAAGGGUAAUUUGGUUGCUAAAGCUUCAACAUUCCCUUCUGGUAUUAAGGCCCUAGCAGAUUAUGUUCAUAGAAAAGGGCUUAAGCUUGGAAUUUAUUCGGAUGCUGGGAUCCAAACUUGCAGUAAAAAGAUGCCUGGUUCCCUUGGUAACGAAGAACAAGAUGCAAAAACUUUUGCCUCAUGGGGGAUUGAUUACUUGAAGUAUGAUAACUGUGAAAAUACUGGUACAAGCCCAAAAGAAAGGUAUCCAAAGAUGACUAAAGCUUUACAACAAUCUGGGAGACCCAUACUUUUUUCAUUAUGCGAAUGGGGACAAGAAGAUCCAGCAACUUGGGCAGUAAAUGUAGGAAAUAGUUGGAGAACAACAUCAGAUAUUCAAGAUAACUGGAUUAGCAUGACCACCAUUGCUGAUCAGAAUGACAAAUGGGCUUCUUACGCUAAACCAGGAGGAUGGAAUGAUCCCGACAUGCUUGAAGUGGGGAAUGGAGGGAUGACCACUGCAGAAUACCGUUCUCAUUUUAGCAUUUGGGCACUGGCAAAAGCUCCAUUGCUGAUUGGAUGUGACAUCAGAUCAAUGGACAACAUCACCAUGAAACUGUUAAGUAACAAGGAGGUUAUUGCAGUUAAUCAGGAUAAGCUUGGAGUACAAGGAAAGAAGGUCUAUAAAUAUGGAGACCUCGAGGUUUGGGCAGGGCCGCUGAGUGGUAAAAGAGUCGCUGUGGUUCUAUGGAACAGAGGUUUAUGGCGAGCCAAUAUCACAGCAUCUUGGUCUGAUAUAGGUUUGUGUUCAUCAACGACAGUUACUGCUCGAGACUUAUGGCAGCAUUCCAGCCAGGUGGUUCAACAUCACCUUACUGCUCAAGUAGACUCUCAUGACUGUAAGAUGUUUGUUCUCACACCUCACUAAUACACCUCUUUUAACCAUCAUGGAUUGGUUUAGUAGUAAAAGGGGAGACAUUGUCUAAAUAACGUUAAGCUCUCGACACACAGAGAUGUUAAAAAAGAAUGUAUACUUAAUACACCUAUUUGAUGCAUGUAUCUCUUUUUACCAACUUAUUGCUUUCACCACACUCUAUCAAUGACUUUCUUUUAUUGUUUUCUA